UCUAAGUAGUGCAAGUGGUGCAUGGUUCGAAUCUAUUUGGGGCCGCAGCUAUGGCGGCACUGCGACGAUGGAGGGAGCACGCUGGAUCGCUCCGAAAUCUCUUCGCGGGAGCUCCGGCGCGGGGGGGAUCGCAGGAAUCGCCAUCGCCAUGGCGCCUGCUCCAGCAAUCCAGGAAGGUAACGCAGAUCACAGUGCCGCUGACGCCGCCCGAGGGAUUCUAUCGGGCCGACUGGGAUUAUCGCGGCCAGCGCCAGAUCGUACCCCUGGCUAUGGCGGUGCCAUACAUCGCGCCCGAUGCCUGGGUCGCGCCGAAUGCCACGCUCAUCGGGAACGUCAAGGUGGAGGACAAGUGCACGGUGUGGUAUGGGACGGUGCUACGAGGCGAUCUUAACAAAAUCCAAAUGGGAUUUUGCUCGCAUAUCUUCGACCGCUGUGUUCUUCACGUCGCCUCCGAGUCCCCAGUUGGACUUCCACCGCAUCUCAUCAUCAGCCACUACGUAACAAUCGGUCCCUACUGCACACUCCGGUCGUGCAUCAUCGAGCGCGAGUGCAUCAUAGGCGAGCGCUGCGUCAUCAUGGAAGGCUCCGUCGUGGAGACCCACAGCAUUCUGGAGCCCGGCUCGGUGGUUCCUCCCGGACGCCGGAUCCCAACGGGAGAGGUCUGGGCCGGCAAUCCAGCGAAGUUCGUGAGAAUGGUAACUUUCGACGAGACCAAGGCGUUCGUCGGCUUCGCCGAAGGCAUCCGGAGCUACGCGCAGCAAUACUUUCGGGAGUUUCUUCCUUACUCCACUGCCUACUUGGAGCUCGAGAAGAUAGUGAAGAAUGGAGGCGUCACUCUAAGCCACUGAGAUCGUCCCAAACUUUUCAAGCUUCGGGGUUCCAAAUUUUCGUGAAGUUGGAGAAGUUUCGAAGUUCCAAAUUUUCGUGAAGUUAGGAAGGUUUCGAAGUGAAUAAGGAGAUAGACAAUGACGACAUCCCUCUCUUUCAUUUCUUCCAAUUUGAUACCUUGUUUAGUCUUUAUUAUC